AUGGUAGCUACUGUAUCCUUAACUUAUUCUUCUGUCAUUACAGCUACUCUUGCAUUCUCAGUCACAAAAGAAGUCAAAGUUUUUGCAACCACUUCCGUCGCUUGAGUCUUAUAUUGGGUCUUAGAUGCUGAGGUUCUCCUUUCAGGGCUCUCAGCUUUGGUUUCUGAUCUUUUGGUGCAGCCUAAGUCUAUUCAAACUCUUCAUGAGCAAUUGGCUUAUUAA